AUGCUCUUAAGCAGAGUGAGUCGCUGCUUUAUUUCGCAAAGUCGAAAUAACCUUGGACUCGUUUGGUUGCCCGUUGGGUUACCCCAUCGAGUGCCUCUCCGCGUCCGAGUAGCUGUAAGUUCUAUUCUGCCGCACGGUAACCACCACAAAGGGCAGGACAGCAUUCGACCGGACAGAGGCUAUCACAGAAAUGUUUACAGAACCCGAGGCGUCGAGCGACAACGGGUAAAUAGUCUUGCCGAGUCUACUGCCAGACAGUGUCUCUGUGCAUCUUGGUUUGCGUCGCAUUGCUCAAUAGCCUUUUCUACGACCUCUAAAGUGUCUGCGUCUGCACCAAAUGAGCCAGAGAAGCAGGCUGAAUCACAAACAACAGAGUUGCGGCCUCUGGAAGUCUGCGGAGACGUCCCGUCUGUCGCGGAGGUUGCCAUGUGGCUCGAAAAGGAGAGCGCUUCCAAUGUAGUUGUUCUCGACAUAUCUGACAAAGCGACAUUCGUGGAUAAUUUCAUCGUUGCGACUGGAAUGACGUUGAAUCAUGUUCGACACUUGGCGGACACGAUGCAAAAGCGUCUGCGCGAACGAGGGGUUUUUGUAGAGGGUGCGGAACCCUUCAUCGAAGGCCGUGAUUCGGAUGACUGGAUGCUGCUCGACCUUGGUCGCUUUGUGAUCCACAUAAUGACACCUGAUGGGCGGGAGCGUUAUCAACUGGAAAACUUAUGGGCGGGCUCGGAAGCCGAGGGGGUCUCUAGCUGA